AUGUACGCCGCCACCGUCUUCGUCUCCCUCCUCGCCGUCGUUUCGGCUGUGCCCACCAACGGCGGCCACAACACCCAGGAGGCCCAGGCCUGCCACGGCGAAGUCAAGUGCUGCGACUCCGCGACGGCCGACAAGAUCCUCACCCAGGGCAACCUUCUCCCUAUCACUGGCCUCAACGAGCUCCUCGGCAAGUGCACCAAGGUCAAUGUCCUCGCCGUCCCCAUCGGUUCGGAGUGCAAGGAUCAGACCGUCUGCUGCCAGAAUGUUCAGCAGAAUGGUUUCCUCAACAUUGCCUGCACUCCUAUCCAGCUUAUUUAA